AUGCAGUUGGUAGGGGGGCAUUCUGAUCCUUUUGAUGAGAGCUUUUGGCUACUUUUUCAUACUGUUGUCACAAUUAUAUUUUCUGUGCAUAGGAUGAAGAGGUACAACAGCCAGACGACCAGUCACUCUACUCUGAUGAUAUCCCCACUGCUACAAAGCGCCCUCUUGUACAAGGGCGUGGGAGGAAAAGGGUGACAGCCCCAGGCUAUGAAGACCGAGAAGGUACCCAUUUAUUUUAGUGAAUGCAAUUGCUCUAUUGUCAUUUAUUUCAAAAUGGCAACUCAAUACUGACUGAAUCAUUCUGUAUUAAUUUCUAGAUCUGGGCUUCAAGACACCUGUUAAUGUGCGCCAUCACCGGGUGCUGUCGGAGCUAAACCCCUCUCCCCUCAAUUCCACUGUGCGAAAUAUCUACUCCCCCAUUGUCUGUUUCCUCACUCCUACAAAGGAAAGUAAGUAUAGGUAAAUGUUGUAUAUCCUAUACUAUGUUCAAAAUUGCAUACAUCCACACUAUUUCGUAAGCAUACAGAGUGUGUUUUAGCUUUUGUAUGCUGUAAGGGUAGUCUGCCUGAAAGACCAGAGGCUAAUUCAUGAUGUGCAGUUUUUCAGAGCGUUCAGAUAGAAAUGUAUUGUGUAAAACAGAACAGACAUUCUUCGUCUUGGAGAAUAGGCCAUCAUGGUUUGGCACUUUCCUGGGUCCAUUGGGUAGGCCUUUUUGUUUACAGAGAAACUGUCACUUGUGAGUUUCAAACAAACUACUGUAUAGGCUAGCAAGGACUUGCAUUGUUUAUCAAACAUGCAUGUAAUUCUGUGAUUCUUGAGGCAAGAGUGGAUGAGGUCAGCACAGUAACAGCUUAGUUGGUCCAGUGAUAUACCAGGGUGAAUGAGUCCUAUUCAUUUUAAUCAAGGCAGUUUUUUCCUAUUCAGAUGCAAGAACCCCCAGCAGUGGUGAUGUGAUGAGCCCAGAGCAGUGUGUGUUUGGCUAUGGUUCCAUUAGCCUUCUCAAUGGAGAUGUGGACCACAAUGACAUUUUCAGCCCGUGAGUUGUGCCGUUUUUAUAUUGUGUUCUUGGUGCUGUGGAAUACAAUUAUUGGUGCAGCAUACUAUAACUUAUAUUAUGAAAUGCAAUGUCUACUUAAUGAGUUGAAUCACCUAUGGAUCAUCUGGGGUUAUAUUAAAAUGCAGGAUCAGAGAGUUAGCAACAAACCCUCCAAAAUGGUAUUAAAUAACUUUGUAAAGUCAGCUGGCCAGCCUGGCCAACUUAACAGUUCCUGCUUUGUGAUACACCUCUGCGGAAAUAAUCCACUGCCUGGAAUCGCUUUCCCAUUGUCUAUGGUUCUGGAGGACUCACGCCCUUGUCCUGAAAGUAAUUUGAAUCCCUUGCAUGGUUGUCUUUAGCUUCACCUUCAUCAAUAACAUUCCAUCCAAGUCCCAGCAAUCCAAACCCUGCAUAAGAGACAUCCCACCUAAGACGAGGAGUACGCCCCAAGCCACCCUAGUUUUAGAUCUGGUGAGUGUUGGGUUUACCUUUUUGAGUUCAGUGACUAAACAAAGCAUUUACCAGUGUAAUUCCCCUGCAACUCACUUGCAGGGGGUCUGGUUUACAGCCUGAUAUACAAGGCUUAUAAAAAUGUAUCGGUAGGUUGUAUCUCCAUGUUAAUUGCCUGAUUCUAUUAUUAUUUCUUUGAUUUAUUAAAUCAAACACUAUGUGGUACCAGUUGUUUGGAAUGAUUUGUGUGUUCUAGGAUGAAACACUCAUGUACAGCUCUCUGAAUGUGAUUGAGGAUGCAGAGCACACCUUCCACACAUGCUUCCAGGACAAUCAGUACAACGUGAGUGAAUCGACCAGUUCCUUCUAGACUUGUAAGGCCUCAGGAGGGCAGUGAUAAGGGCUUUUUUAUUCUUUGCUUGAAUGACUGGUGUUGAGUUUAUUAUUUAAAAAAAAUGGGAUGAAUACCUGUUUUAUAAUGACCGUAACAGAAAAUAUUUUAAUAUCUUCUCUUAACUCGAUAGGUCUACGUGAUUCUACGACCACAUGUAAAAGAAUUUCUGGAAGCCAUGACAAAACAUUUUGAGGUAUGCUUCUAGUUUUAAUUGACAAGUUCUUAUGUGUGGCGUACCCGUAUGUUUUUUGUUGUUGAUACAUGCUCAACUUUCCCCCAUUAUGUGUAAUAUGUUUGUUGUUAAAAGGCCCAAUUACAGUCUAAGCCCUUUCUAUGCUGGGGGGGGGGUGUGUGUGGGGGGGGGGGUUCUACUAAGCUACAGUCGUGGUCAAAAGUUCUGAGAAUGACACAAGUAUUGGUCUUCACAAAGUUCGCUGCUUCAGUGUUGUGAGAUAUUUUUGUCAGAUGUUACUAUGGUAUACUGAAGUAUAAUUACAAGCAUUCCAUAAGUGUCAAAGGCUUUUAUUGACAAUUACAUUAAGUUUAUGCAAAGAGUCAAUAAUUGCAGUGUUGACCCUUCUUUUUCAAGACCUCUGCAAUCCGCCUUGGCAUGCUGUCAAUUAACUUCUGGGCCACAUCCUGACUGAUGGCAGCCCAUUCUUGCAUAAUCAAUGCUUGGAGUUUGUCAGAAUUUGUGGGUUUUUGUUUGUCCACCCGCCUCUUGAGGAUCGACCACAAGUUCUCAAUGGGAUUAAGGUCUGGGGAGUUUCCUGGCCAUGGACCCAAAAUGUCGAUGUUUUGUUCCCCGAGCCACUUAGUUAUCAAUUUGGUGCAUUUUCCCCCAUAUUCCAUCCAGUUUGCUUUAUUUUGAUAAUAUAUUACACUUGAUCUUUCUUGAAUAAGUUUCUCAAUUUCCUUUUGUUUUUCCUCUAAUUUAUUCUGAGCCUCUGUUAGCAAUAAAAACUAUCUGUUCUGUUAGACCUAUUUCCUUUGUUAGUAUGGACUCUUGACCUAAAUUGCUUUUUGUUUUCGAGAUGAGUACUGAAUUGCAUGGCCUCUAAAGGCACAUAAUAGUUUGUAGGCCAAACCGUUUGGACGCUACAGAAGAUUUUGUGAGAAGACCGAUUUGUCGGGAUUUCUCAUGGUCUGACAAACAGCACUCUAGCUCUGUCACCUUUCACCACACAUGCGGUGGAUUGAGAUGCAUCCAAUGCGCAAAAAAACGUUGUUUAAACUGACGGAUUUGUAUAGGGAUUUUUUUAAUGAUGCUAAUUAGAUUUCAGCAGGGGCGUGGACCGACUCUAGGGGGUUAAAAGGCCAGUUCAUUAAAUAUAUCAAAUGUGUUUGUUUUUACAGAUGUUUGUUUAUACAUCUGCGAAGAAAGAAUAUGCAGAGAAAAUACUGGACAUCUUGGACCCGAAGAGAAGGCUUUUUCGGUAUGAGAAGUUAACAUUGUAACUUUUGUUACUGUCUGUUAUUUUAGCCAUACUUGUUUUGCAGUAUUGUUUUAGUUUUAGAGAUAUUGCAGCUGCAGAGUUUUGUGUACCAGAGACAGGCUGACAAUAUAAUCUACUUUGAAUAAUUUUAUGACCAUAUUUCAGUUGAUAUCAGGAUGUACUUUAAAUGUGCAGAACUCUCCUUUUAUUUCCUUUUGUAGACACCGUUUGUAUCAACAGGACUGUACCUGUGUUCUGGGGCACUAUGUCAAGGACUUGGGUGUACUUGAGAGGGACCUUGCUAAGACAGUGGUUUUGGACAACGCUCCACACACGUACCCCUACCAUGUGCGUACCCCUACUAUGUGCAUUUGCUGUGAUGUUAUUCAUUUAAUUAUACAAUGCUUUGUUGUUUUUUUGGAAGCAGAGUGGUUUUAAUAAACUAAACUACUUCCUACUUUAUUUCUGCAGCUGAUGAAUAUGCUUCCCAUCAAGAGCUGGUCUGGAGAUAAUGAUGACAAGGAACUUCAGAAGCUCAUCCCGUGUCUUGAGAGACUGUCCGGAGCAGUAAGUUGACAGUGAUUUGGUAUCCCACCUGACGGGGCAUAAAAGUCUUAUUUUAGAUAUUUUAUUUUUAAAUCAGGCAAUUUCCAUAAUUCACUACCUAUACUGAACAAAAAUAUUAAGGCAACAUGUAAAGUGUUGGUCCCAUGUUUCAUGAGCUGAAAUAAAAGAUCCAAGAAAUUUUCCAUACGCACAAAAGGCUUAUUUCUCUCAAAUGUGCACAAAUGUGUUUAUAUCCCUGUUAGUGAGCAUUUCUCCUUUGCUAAAAUAAUCCAUCCACCGGACAGGUGUGGCAUAUCAAUAAGCUGUUUAAACAGCAUGAUCAUUACACAGGUGCACCUUGUGCUGGGGACAAUAAAAAGCCACUCAAAUUUGCAAUUUUGUCACAUAACACAAUGCCACAGAUGUCUCAAGUUUUGAACGAGUGUGCAAUUGGCAUGCUGACUUCAGGAAUGUCCACCAGAGCUGUUGCUAGAGAAUUGUAUGUUCAUUUCUCUACCAUAAGCUGCCUCCAAAGUAGUUUGAGAGAAUUUGGCAGUAUGUCCAACCGGACUCACAACCGCAGACCACGUGUAACCAAGACCUCCACAUCUUGCUUCUUCAGCUGCGUGAUCGUCUGAGACCAGCCACCCGGAUAGCUUAUGAAAUUGAGGAGUAUUUCUGUCUGUAAUAAAGCCCUUUUGUGGGGAAAAACUCAUUCUCAUUGGCUGGGCCUGGCUCCCCAGUGGGUGGGCCCCUUCCCAGUCAUGUGAAAUCCAUAGAUUAGGGCCUAAUUAAUUUAUUUCAAUUUAAUGAAUUCUAUAUGUAAACUGUAACUCAGUAGAAUCGUUGAAAUUGUUGCAUGUUGUGUUUUAUUUAUGUUCAGUAUACUUGGUGUCUUCUAGGAUUAAAUCCAGUUUGACAAAACAAACAUCACACAUGCUACAGAGAUCUAAUUUGGAAAGUGGGUAUAAAAUGGAAAAAUAUAUGUGUGGGUGUGGAGAAAGCAGAGGAACUAACCUUGAGUCAAUCACAAACACUUGGCCAGUAUUUUACAAAAUACCACAAGUCAAACUUGUCUUAUGUUUGGAAAUGUCAUUCAAAAAGACUGGGCCACCACUUGUAUUCCACAAGAAACAUCACCAGCAAUUGACCUACUAAAAAAAUGGUUGUGUUUUACUAAUUUGAAAGCACAAUUUUUCCGUAGGAUGAUUUCCGGGAAGUACUGAAGAGGAGGACUGACCACUUUCACAGAUUGCUCUCAGAGGAUUGAGAAAAGGCUUCUGAUCAUCCUUAUCCUGUAACGUGUUUAAUUGUGAACAUGAACUGGAUCUUUGUGUACUAUCCUAGCCCUUCUGUAUGAUCCCUGAAUGACCAGUAGGUUACUGAUGUAGUGUGUUAAUUUCAAACAUGUACAGUUGGUAUAUCGUUUCCAAACAAUAUCGCUCUGCAGAGCAAUACAUUCCCAAUAGUUGAAAAAAUGAACCACUGUAUAUAAUAACACAACUUGAAAUAGCCUAUGUUUAUACUUAAUCAUGCUAAUUUCUUGACAGAAAAUAGCGCUUUAAAAGUGAUGUACAUAUUGUUUGAUUAUUUUAGUGACGAGAGGAUUUUUCACCUCAGCAAAGCCAGAGCAUUUUCUGUAACUAACAAAACAACUUAAACCAUA